AUGCCACCUGUUGGCCCCCAUCGGAGGACCCAUCAGCGGACUCCAGCUCUUACCCGCUCACCGUCUGCUGACUCCUCCUCCGACUCUUCAACAUCAACCACAAAUACUAUUGUCUCAACGGUACACGGGCUAGUUCGUCAGAGUCGGCAUCAUGACCAAGGUGCUGGAUAUUUUGAACCAUCGUUGACUACAACGUCCCAGGUGGCUGCUGCUGCCGCUGUUGCGAGAGAAUCCGCAAGGAAGCAUUCGCAGUCAGAUCCGUCUCCACCGACACCAGGGAUGGCUACCUCAUCGUCGACGCCUAUGAGUGCUGCUGGGGCAGCGGCUCUGGCCGCCAUGCCGAAGAUGGAUAAGAAUCAGCCUACCGGAUAUGAAAAAGAAAAAAAAGAGUCCAAGAUGAAGAUAUUCUCAAAACCUUUGAAAUCAGCUCAGGCUAUGAAAAUAGUGGACGUUAAGCCACUUCCAUCCCCUUCAAAACUAGCUGCACCAAUGCCCAGGAUACCCUCCGUAUCGAGUGCUGAUGGAAGCCGAAGGCCGUCUUUUACCUCUACAAUCUCGGAUACUCUUUAUUCAAGCUCGCCGCCUACCUCGUCACAUAGUCACAAGCAUCACCUGCUUCUGAGAGGAAGGAAAGAUCAGCCGCUAUCUAGUGCAAAUUCCAAUUCAAAACUCGUCUCGGAAGGGUCGAGUAUCUAUAAUUUUAACCCGAAUAGCCCAUCUGCCGCAAGUUUUCCCGUUUCCGGUAGUGUAAAUCCUAGCCAGAAGACACUAGUCACAAACGCCGAUAUCAAACAUGUCGUAGGAGUAGUUUCGGGGAAGGAUAAGGAUGCUGCUGGUGAACAAGUGCUCGAAGAAGUAUGGCCGCUACUGAAAUCCAGGGUCCUUCCAUUGUUUAAUGGUGAGGGGCUACGAACACCGGUUGAAGAUCUAAACAAGCUUGUUAUUGUCCAUAUCAAACAUCAAGUCGACAAAAAAUCUGCAAUUCUUUUGAUAGACGACAUUCAAUCCUUGCUAGAGCAUGGAAUGGCGCUCCUUGAUAAUACACUAUCUAAACUUGCAGAUGUCCGACUGAUUCCUCGGCUGGUUGAACUCUGGAAUUUUGUGUUUAGCACCGUCCUUCCGUAUUUUGAGGCUGUCUUUCUUCCCCUGCAACAAGAAUUCAAGGGAAAUGGAACUAUCUUGGGUUUAGGAGGGGCUCGAGAAGUCUGGGGAACGCCGGAUCAGAGACUUGAUCUCCGGCGCAUGGCUCUUAUAGCUUAUAGAGACAACAUUAUACUACCACUUUAUAACCGACUACAUGCCAUCUUCUCCAAACUCCAACUCGACUUCGAUGCUUUACCAAAUGUUACAGAAACCGUUGGUCGGGUAUUGCAAUGUGUUAGCGUUUUAGCAUCGAUUCUGUCGAACGAUGAUAAGCAGGCGAAGAUGGAUGAACUGGCAAAAACCAUGAAACACAAUUGGCUUGGUCGCGGGCGAACCGGGCGUAAUAGGCGCGGCUUUGUUGGGACAAAGACGCGUGCUCUUGGAAGCGCAAAUUCUCUCGGCUCGAAUCACGGUUUUGGAGAUUUCACAGUGACGGUAACUGAUUAA